AUUAUAGUAAAUACAGUUUUGGCAUGAUGCAUCUAAACACAGUUUUCUUCGCUUACUCUAUUCUGACGAUUACAGUCGUGGUAACAUUGGAAACGUGUCAUGUCUGUGAUGUUUAUAACGUCGGUACAAAUACAGCGGAGAUCGUGGAUAGUAUAUCAGAGCGUAUAGACAUGUUAUCAGAUGAAAUCAAGCAGAUGAAAGCCCAAGAAUGUAAUAACAGCCGAGAACACACCUGUGUCACUCGGGAAGGGUCGUCCUCCGGUCCUGACGACGACAACAUGUCCGAGGUCACAUGUUUAGAAGAUGAGGUAAUGACCGGAUGUAGCAGUGUUCUGGAAGGUGGUAGACACGAUUCUAGAAAUGGUGAAAAAAUUGUGUUCUCAGCUCAUGGACGCGCCACUUGUGUGGCAUACAAUGGCAAUGGAGGGCAUGGAGUGCGGGCAUUUGCACGUUGCUGUACAUGGAAAGAUAUGACGUGCUAUUACCCCAAGUCUGAAAAAUCCGAAAGUCAGGACGACGAUAUAGCUGAAACAGUAUGUGAUCAUUGGUUCAACGGGCGUCCUACAAUUCCCACAGGAUGCAUGGCGUUUACUGCAUGGACGUGUAUAGAUGGUGUACGCCCUGUAGGAGACCAAUCAGAAGGAACUACUAGCCCCAUAACAAGGAACGCGUGUCAGGCAAUUAACGGCUAUUGUGGUGCAGGCGUGUAUUCGUACGCUGCAUGUUGCAGCGCCCCUGACCUUGAAUGUGGGGUCAAGUAUUCCACAAGGAGUGGUACUAGUAGUUGGGACAGUGCGUCAGUGAUGUGCGAUGAAGGGUGGACAUUAACUGGAUGUAACAGUUUCACUUCAUGGGUUGGUAAUAUUGGAGCAUAUAUUGAGGGUGAUACUUGUAAAGCGGUGAACAGUAACAACUUUGGUGUAUGGGCUGUGGCUACGUGCUGUAGAGGUACAACCCGUUAAUGAGCCCUGUAUUCAAUCUAAUAACCAGUGUUGAGUGUGUGUGUGUGUUGCGUGCUAAUAAUAAUCAGUAUUGUGACAAUUCUAUCUGUAUCACAUAACACAUGUUAAAGUUACCGAAUUAUACCAAUGUUUUACACACAAUUAUAACUAUUAUUGUCUCUUCAUAAACAAUAAAUGACGGGAAUAAU